AGCUUUUUCAGCUACACUGACUGUAUAUCUUAGAAUGUUAUAAAAUGUCAAUAAUCGCCAUCACUGUCUUAAAAAGAAAGGCAGGUUAAUUUUCAAUCAUGGAGGAUCACGUCAUGGAGUCAGACGACAAUAAACAAACUGUUUCAAAAAGUAAUAACAAACAGUGGGUGAAGUUAAAUGUAGGUGGUACAUAUUUUUUAACAACCAAAACAACAUUGGCAAGAGACCCUAACUCUUUUUUGUAUAGACUGAUACAGGAAGAUAGUGAUCUAAUUUCAGAUAAAGAUGAGACAGGAGCUUAUUUAAUAGACAGGGACCCCAAUUACUUUUCCCCUGUAUUAAAUUACCUUAGGCAUGGAAAACUGGUAAUUAACAAAGGUCUAGCAGAAGAAGGUGUCUUAGAAGAAGCAGAAUUUUAUAAUAUUGCUGAAUUAAUUACUUUAGUUAAGAGGAGAAUUCUGCAUAGAGAAAGCAAACCUAGUAAAGAUGGUAAAAAACAUGUUUAUAGGGUUUUACAAUGCCAUGAAGAUGAAUUAACACAGAUGGUAUCAACAAUGUCAGAUGGCUGGAAGUUUGAACAACUAAUAAAUAUUGGUUCCCAAUACAACUAUAAUGCUGACGAACAUGCAGAGUUCUUAUGUGUAGUAAGCAGAGAAUGUGGUAUACCAGAUUGUCCAGAAAUCAAGAGUGACCGGGAAGACAGAGCUAAGGUGUUGCAGCAAAAGGGUUCUAGAAUGUAGAGUGUAAAAUGUACUAGAGGUCAGGGAGAUCAUUUAAGCUAAGAACCUAUACAGAUCAUAUCAAUAACUUUUCCGAAGUUUUAUUUUUUAUUUCAUUUCAUUGGUGAAAUUAUGACAACCUGCUGUUUCAAGUAAUGUAACUGUUAAUUAUUUUCUUAAUAACAUCUAUUUGGCGAAUAAAUCAUUUAAUAUUAAAUAUGUAGAAUAUAUACUUCUUGCAAUAUAUUUGAUCUCAGAUUUAUUCCCUAAUGACAAAAAUUAACAGACACAGAAAUAACGAAGUUUUGGUCUUUCUGUCCUCCUUCAAUUUGUAUUGUAUACAAUAUUAUUGUUUCUGCCAUUCAUAGUUUAUCAAUAUAAUAUGGUGAUGCCAUAGUCUGCCAAAUAUAUAAAGGUAGAUAUUUCAGAAUAAAUUUUUCUUUAAAUAUAUGCCUUAUAUCAUGCUCUUUAAUUUCUUUUUAAGCUUCUGAAUAUUAAUACCAACUUUUAGCAGUAUUUUGUUACAUUUUAAACUGCAUUUAUAAAGUUAUUGUGAUAUGGUCUGAAUAGGUAUAGAACAUUGGCAUAUGAUCAAGAAAUUAUUAAAGAAGAUUGUGUCUAGAUGGGUUUUCUACAGUUGCAUUUAUAUAAUCUUAAUUUGUACAAAAUAUGUGAGAAUGUCCUAGAUAUUGGCCUCUACGGUUAAUUUUAUUUGGAUAUUCCUUCUCUUUUAAGUGCUUUAUUUAACCUCUUAUAUAGUAUAGUUGGGUUAAUAUUUAAAAGUGUUGUUGCAGUUCUAUUGUGACACCAGUUAUUUAAUAUUGGCUCAGAUACAUGUCUUCUUUGAUUGAAUGCUGCUAGGGGAUUGAAAGUGUAAUGAACAUUUGUGUCUAAUAUUAGUAAAUAUGGGAAAUGAGUCAAUAUAAUACAAUAAAUAAGUAUUAUGAACAUACAUUGGCAACCUUUUCAUCAUUUGAAACAUUUAUUUACAGAAGCGAAGCUUCUAUACUCAAGUGUUGUAUCAAUCGCGAUUGAUUCGUUCGUUUUGAUUCAAUCACUCCAAAGUAUUAAACGACCAAAUUUGCUAUAGUCCAUUUCCAUCA